AUGGGUAGUGGUUAUUCGCAUCAUCAUCGUCAUCAUCGCAAUCCAUAUAUGGGACCAAAUCAUUAUUCUCAUACAUUUGGUCCAGGAUAUCAUCAUGAUCAUCAUAUGAACUCGGGACUUGGAUUUGGACCUCAUCAUCAUAUGGAUCAUGGAUUUGGCUAUGGUCAUCAUCAUGGUGGUUUCGGUGGUGGUCAUCAUUUUGGAGGUGGUCAUCAUGGACAUUGUUGA